CACCUUUACUUUCCGUCUCUUCUUUCGUUGUUGUUCCUUGCUCCGUUUCGACUCGCGCUGAUUGCUUUCGGACCACGAGCUAAUUCGACACUCCCUUCGGAUUUUUUCUCUGUCGAGAUUAAGCACCGGCUUUUUCUGUACUAGGCAUCAUGACGAGCGCAUUGGACAUGUCAUUGGACGACCUGAUUAAGACCAACAAGAGUGCUACCCGAGGUGGUAGGGGCGGUGGCGGUGGUCGGGGAACAGGUUCUGCGCCUCAGCGAGGAAGAGCGACCAUUGCUGCUGGUACUGCCGGGGGCUAUUCUGGAGGCAAAAUUUCUGGUCCAGCCCGCAGAGAAGUAGGCCGGGCGGUCGCCCGGCCAACGCCUUACGCGAGCGCAAAGCGAGUCCGUCAGGCUCAGGAUUCGGCUUUUCAGUACACAAACCACUUUAUUCCGGCAGUUGGCAGAGGAGUUGGUGGGGGUAUCGAGACAGGGACCAAGUUGUACAUUUCCAAUCUUGAUUAUGGAGUCUCAAACGAUGACAUAAAGGAAUUGUUUUCAGAAAUCGGUGAUUUAAGAAGGUGCUCUAUUAACUAUGAUCGAAGUGGUCGUUCUAAGGGAACUGCGGAGGUCGUAUUCAUGAGGAAACCUGAUGCUUUGAAUGCGGUCAAGAGAUAUAAUAAUGUCCAGUUGGAUGGGAAGCCAAUGAAGAUUGAGAUAAUUGGCACAAAUGAAAAUUCUGUCUCAAUUCCAUUUGCACGAUCCAAUGGAGCUAUGGCAGUUUAUGCUGGUCGUGCGCGCGCCGUCUAUCCACAAUCUUUGCCCUUCGCACGGGGUUCAGGAUCCGAACGAGGUAUAGGCGCAUUUAGAGGACGAGGCGGCAGGGGUGGCGGUAGAGGUACUGUAAGCAGAGGCGGAGGCCGAGGUGGAGGAAGAGGUGGUGCCCCUGCUGCAGAAAAGACUCUGGAAGAAUUGGAUAAAGAACUAGAAACAUAUCAUGCAGAAGCUAUGCAAACAAAUUAAGGGAAUAAAAAAGUAGGAACUGUUCAUGCUUCAGUCUGGUUGAGCCGCCUGUUUGCUGGUCCUUGAAAUCUUGCAUACGGCACCUUCCUAAGAUCUUAAUCCUCAGUAGUACAUUUUAAGGUGUUGGAUUUGAGCGUAGCGAAUACCUUUGGAUGACUCCUUCGUAGCCAGUGACGUGGAUUUCAGUGAUGAUAUAUGCUUGUCUCUCGUUUUACUUCAGUUGUGCCGUGAACAACAUCUCGGUACUGAUCUCUCUCGACGAUAUAACUUCUUGGGAUUCGGGACUUUAUCCAAUAUCCAGGAAUGUAGAGAAAAUGAUGUUCAAUUCAGUUUACAACUGAUGAAUUCUAAAACUUUUGUCUCACAAUAA